AUGGAAAUCAUUACGGAGAGGUUGUACACGAACCUUUUCCGUUCAUCAACUCCUGUGUCAAGCCCGAUCAUCCCCAUUGGUGAAGCUCUACCACGGAUUCUCCCUUCGGAAGUACGAGUCGCUAUUAAGAGCAUAAAACCUGGCACAGCCCCGGACCUGAUUUCAUAUCAGCAGACUUCCUUCGGGCUGAUGGCCAUUUACUUCGUGACGCUGAAAGCUCAACCUCAAGAACAAGAUGGAGUUCGUCAGGGGUUCAGCUGCAUGGAUUAUUUCCAGGCCGUGUCGAGGGUGAUGGAGAACAUUUUGGAUGACAAUGGCGAGGGAACGAAACGAGUGGAAGAGAUGCUGGGGCCCGCACGUCCAGUGAAGACGGGCCAUCUAAAUAUUUUUCGAAGAAACGUCUCCUGGAGCUUGGCUGAGAUUUUUUUAAUCGAAAUUUGCACAUUGUUUGAUAGAGAUGAGGAACUUUCUCGACACGCUGUUAUAUGUCACGUCGAGCGAGUCCAUCUCUAUCAGAAAUUGGGAAAUGCCAACGAGGAGAGGAAGGAGAAUGCAAUAGCAGCUAGUAUUCUCAUCUGCACUUUUCAGUUGGCUCGUAUCAACAGAAGCCCAAUUCGCUGUAGUUUUUCCGACGAGAUUGCUGAUCUCUACUCGAAAUCAAUCAAAUUAUGUUUGCACGCAAAAGCUUUCAGGACUGCUGGUCUCACGUCAGUGGAAGCGACUAAGAUUUUAAUGGAAAAUCAACAAUAUGAGAUGGCGAACGAACACGUUCGGAAGGCAGUGCGUCUUCUGGAAGGUAAUUCUUCUAUGUGUAUGCAAGCCCUCUAUAUCCUUGUGGAGAUUCACUUUCAUAUGUAUCAAUGGGAGCAGUUAUUAACUGAUGCUGACUAUUUGUGGAUUCAUGUGAUGAAAACACGACCGAAAAACGUGAGAAGUAGACGUAUGCUCAAAGAUCUGGAAGUCUUUACGGUACUGGUUCUGCAAAAGUCGCGGAGUAGUCAUCAGCUUGGUAAACUGCGUAUGUCGAAGCCCCAGUUAACAAGGUUUUUCUAA